AGAGAGUCUAGAGAGAGAAAGAGACCCGGAGUAUAUAAGGCUAAGGAUCGUUGGGACCAGUCCACCAUUAAUGCAGUCUUCCCACACCCUUCCUCCUCUCUCCUCUACUUUCUCUCUCUAAAAAUUUGUAUAUACUGUACUUUCGAGCUGUAGUAAUAAUGAACCAUAGUUGUAGAUAGAUCCUCUCUUUCUCUCUAAAAAGCUUCGAGAGAGCUAAGCAGCUUCCAAUCAAACCCAUUCUAUUUCUCUCUCUAAAUUCGAAACCCAGAGCUGGAAUUCGGCGUUGUAUAAGGGUCAGAGAGGUCUGGCGAAGGAAGUAAUCAAAGAGGUAUCUCUGAUUUCUUCUUUACUUGGAUAAGUGUUAUGGGGAUUUGCUUGAGUGCUCGAAUCAAAGCUGAGAGUCCUUCUUACACAGGGGCAAAUUCAAAUCCAAAAUAUAUUAGCACGGAUGGGAAUGAUCUGAGUAGUUCAAGUAGCAAGGUCUCAUCAGUUUCGGUGCCUGCAACUCCACGGAGCGAGGGUGAAAUCUUGCAGUCGUCCAAUGUGAAGAGCUUUAGUUUUGCUGAUCUCAGAAUGGCCACAAGGAACUUCCGUCCAGAUAGUGUGUUGGGAGAAGGUGGUUUUGGUUCAGUUUUUAAGGGAUGGAUUGAUGAGAACUCAUUUACAGCUACGAAGCCAGGGACCGGCAUGGUCAUUGCCGUGAAAAGGCUUAACCUAGAAAGUUUCCAAGGUCACAGGGAGUGGUUGGCAGAAGUAAAUUAUCUGGGUCAGCUUUAUCAUCCUCAUCUUGUGAAACUGAUUGGGUACUGCUUGGAGGAUGAGCACCGGCUUCUUGUGUACGAAUUCAUGCCUCGGGGCAGCUUGGAAAAUCAUCUGUUCAGGAGAGGUUCUUACUUCCAACCUCUUUCUUGGAAUCUCCGUUUGAAGGUUGCUCUAGGUGCUGCAAAGGGACUUGCUUUUCUUCAUAGUGCUGAAACAAAAGUGAUUUAUCGGGACUUCAAAACUUCUAAUAUCUUGCUAGAUUCGAACUACAAUGCGAAGCUCUCUGAUUUUGGGUUGGCCAAAGAUGGGCCGACAGGCGAUAAAAGCCAUGUCUCAACCAGGGUCAUGGGGACCUACGGAUAUGCUGCUCCAGAAUACCUAGCUACCGGUCAUUUGACUGCUAGAAGCGAUGUAUAUAGUUUUGGAGUUGUUCUCCUUGAAAUGUUAUCUGGCCGAAGAGCAAUGGACAAGAAUAGACCAUCUGGAGAACACAAUCUGGUGGAAUGGGCCAAGCCAUACCUGGCCAACAAGCGUAAAGUGUUCCGCAUCCUGGAUAACCGUCUUGAAGGCCAGUACUCACUGGAUGUAGCUCAUAAGGCAUCUAACCUCUCAUUUCGGUGCUUAUCUGUGGAGGCCAAGUUCAGGCCAACCAUGGAUGAGGUAGUGAAAGAAUUGGAGCAGCUCCAGGAUUUAAAGGAAACAGGAAAUAGUCACAGCAAUCCGAGCAGUGGAACAAGACCAAGGAGAAGAAGUGCAGAUGAUGUGUCCGAUAGAAAGACUACUGUUGCUUAUCCCAGGCCAUCUGCUUCCCCACUUUAUAGUAAAUGAAUAAAAAGAAAACUCGACAGAAGCUGAUUUUCUUUGCAUUUGAAUAUAUUCCCGGUGGUUUGGCAACGGUAUCAGGCUGAGACAUUUGCCCGUAUCUGUUCAAUCACUGUACAGUUGCUUAGGCUAAUACAUGUUCAGAUCAAACUAUAUGUCGACAUGGUUUGAGGGUGAACUUUUAACACGAUGAACGUCCGCAAAGUUGCAUGUCUAGUGUGAUUACCACAAUGUUUGUGACACUAGGUAAAAGAGGCAAGUGCUUUUUUGCGAAAUUAAAGUUGGCUCUUGUUCUACUAGGAUCUUUUUCUCCCCCAAAGGUGGGUCUUUCAUGUUUGACAUGUAUUGUUUUGUUUGUAAUCAAUGUAAUAUGUUAUUUGUGUAAUUUUUUUCUAGAUAAGGGAAAGAAAUUGUACUGUUGAAAUCA